GAUAUAUACAUAUGUAAAUGAAUUUUUUUUUUCCACCACACCUAAGUUAAAAUUCAGGGUUUGUAUGUUGAAAUACAGAGAUAUUCAAUAAUCCGGACAACCUGAAAUUUUGACCGCCUGGCGCUUUUACUUUUUUUUAUGGUGGCAGAGACAAACUUCCACAGCUUUAUAUAUAGAGGUCAUUUGAGGUUGGUAAACACAGUAAGGACUACUAUUCCCACAAUCCCCUGCGUCUUUCGGUGACGUCACAUAGAGCCCGGACCCGGCGUAGUAGCGCUGUGUGUGUUUGGCAACAACAAAAAGAGUGUUUUGAGAUUAGUUUAACUGCAUUUUCACCCGCGGUAUUUUAAGGGACAUUAUCACAGAUGGUGGCGAUGACUCCGCCGCUACUGCUGUCCGUUGGAGGAAGAGGAAGAGGAAGGAGGUGAUGAUGAUGAUGAUGAUGACAUGCAGUUAGCUAGCUGGCUGCCUCUCUGGCUGGACGGACGGACUAGAGCCUGCAGAGUGUUGGAGGUGUCACCGCGAAAACAGCGCAGGAUCCGUGCUGAAGAGAGGCGAAGAUGCCGCGGAGAAAACAGUCCAACCCGCAGCCGGUGAAACUGGACUCUGAGGAUGGGGCAGUGGUGUGUGAGCCAGGCUGCCUUGUUUUGGACAGCGACUUCCUGCUGAGCGGCGAGCUGGAGUUUGGAGACUCGGAGAUCAUGGGGCUGGAUAGAGAGUCUGGUAUGACUGUCUUCUCUCUAAGUGUGGAGGAUGACUCGUCAGCACCAACAGACUCCACCUUCCCAGCGUUCCUCUCCUGUAAGGGAUGUGGUCAGCUUCUGGGAGACACACCUUUGGGGGCAGGCUUAGAUCUCGGUGUAGGACUCGACCUAGGGGCAGAGCUUUAUUGUCUCUCCUGUGAGGAGGGCCUCCAGCAUGGCGCCUCCAUCGACUCCUCUCAGUUGGAGGGUUCCAACCUGUCCGAUAGAUCCCUUGGCGGCAGCUCCGAAAGGAAGAGGAGAAACGUAGACAAAGCCAGCUGCGUUGCGGACCCCGCCCCUAAACUUUACUCCUGUUCGCUGUGCACCUUUACCUCGCGCUACUCUAACCAUCUCAAACGCCACAUGCGGAUCCAUGACGGCCAGAAGCCAUACCACUGCCCCGUCUGCCCCUACGCCUCAGCCCAGCUCGUCAACCUGCAGCGCCACGCCCGCACACACACCGGGGAGAAACCGUACGGCUGCCACCAGUGCAGCUAUGCCUGCAGCUCCCUCGGCAACCUGCGCAGACACCAGCGCAUGCACACACAGGAGAGACCGCAGAGGAGGGAGAAGGAGAAAAGACGGGGAAGACGGAAAAAGGCAAGCGGCAAUGCUGAAGAAGUCAUGUCAGACCUGACCCUGCGAGUUUCCCAGGACUCUGCUUACCUCCAGACGUUGGGAGGACUCGGCUCCCCCUCUGGCCCCCUUCCAGUCCUCCUCUUCCCGCUCUGCUGCCGGGUGUGCGGCCUCACUCUGGAGGAGUCCGACCUAGAGGGCGACAAGGCAGAGGGAGAGGUGGAGGGCGAUGGAGGACAGGUUUGCCGCCGUUGCUCCAAAGACACCUCGAGGGCUCCCUGCAGCCCGGACGUGUCUCGGGGAUCCCGGCGCGGUCAGCGCGGCAACAAGCUGUACCGCUGCCCUCACUGCCCCUUCCUGUCCCACUACCCCAACCAUCUGGCCCGCCACUCCCACGUCCACUCGGAGGAGAAGCCUCACCGCUGCCCGCACUGCCCCUACACCUCCUCACAUCUUGACAACCUCAAGCGGCACCUGCGUGUGCACACAGGCGAGAAGCCUUACCAGUGCCCGUCGUGCAGCUACGCCUGCGGGAACCUGGCUAACCUGCGACGUCACGAACGCAUCCACUCGGGCGCCAAGCCGUUCCACUGUGCCAUCUGCGGCUACUCCUGCAACCAGAGCAUGAACCUGAAGAGGCACAUGCUGCGGCACACGGGCGAGAAGCCGUAUGCAUGCGGCGAGUGCGGCUACACCACGGGCCACUGGGACAACUACAAACGCCACCAGAGGAAGCAUGGGCACAACACGGACAGCUGGGACAAACACGCGCCCAUCAACGGCCUCGGCUGGGGCCAAGACACUCAGGAGAGCCAGAGUCAGGGACAGGAGCACUCUUAGAUACUGUGUGUGCGUGCGUGCGUGUGUGUGUGUGUGAGAGAGGCAAAAAAUGACUGCAGCGGUUAGUCGAUCGACAAAAAACCCAGUAUCAUUAUUAUAAUAAGUUCAGGGUUUCAGAGUCCACCUUCUCCAGUGUGAGCUGCUGAUUGUUUAUAAAGUCAGAUUUUAAAAAUAUUUAGCCUCUUUUAAAGACACAUGCUUUAUGAAAAAGGUGGGCGUGGCCACGGUGACAUCAUUUUUGUGAUGCUUAAAGCUGAGCAGUUUGACUUAAUUUUGAAACCAGUUAAGUCACCCUCUGCAAGCUACUAGAAAUAUUGCAGUUUAAGGCACUUCCACUUUGACUUUGCUUUGCUGAUCUGGAGGUUAUGUCCAUGCAGUCUGUGGCUGGAUGAAACAAGGUGAAAGUAAAUAAUCGUCUUGAUGGAGCGCAGUCCUGGCGUUUCUGUGGAUGACAGGAUUACUCUGUGUGCCCUGCAGGCCCUCUGAGUAAUCAAAGAGAUCGAGAUGAUAAACACAAAGAUACUCUAAAGAACCACAGAGAGAUGCAAAACCAUUAUUAAAAAGCACAAAAUGAGCAUGAAAAGAUGCAAAAUAACUGUAGAGAGAACUCCAAAGAGAUACAGAAACAUCAGUGUGAUCUAUGUCUUUUUGUGACACCAAUAUGAAUAUGAACAUGACAAACUUUCUCAGGGAUCACCCACCCUAAACAUGUUCCCUCCAUGCUUACAGUCAGGGUCAGCAUCAUCACAUUUUUGCUCUUUAGUUAUUUACAGCUGCAAAUUAAAACCACACCGAUGCUGCGUCACCUGCAGACCGUCAGAAAGGCAGCAGGUUCUCACACAUCCAUUUGCUGACUGCUGUCUACUGAGGUGAAAACUCACUUCGUGUGUAGCAAGUUUGCAAUUUCUUGAGGUUUUAAAAAAUUGCCAGCUAUUUUUAAAAACGUUGUUUUGUUUUGUUGCUCAACUAAUCGCUGCAUCAUUAAUCAGGACAAACACCGGCAGUGAAACUGGAACAAAGCAACACUUUAAAAGUGAUUGUAACCCACAAGCUACACAAUAUUUAACUCCUGCAGGGCUUUUUUCCCCCACCACACUGGCGCGACUGUAGGAAGAUCCAGCUUUGUGACAUGUGUUUGUGAGGACAGUAAAGCCUUUUCUCUUCAGGUAAAAGCCAGUAAAACACCUUCAUUAGUGUUUUUUUCCUUUUUUUUUUUUAAUCAACAUGAGCUCAUUGUCUGUAGCAGCCAUUAAUGGUGGCUGUUCCACAGAUUUCCUCUCUACAUCAAAGACGUCGAGAGACUCCAGGAACUCGUUUUCACACAUCUUGAAUGUAUUUGUCAGAAGCUCCUUCAAAGAAAGCAAACAGUCUUACACCUGGGCCAGUGUGUUAUCACAUCUAUUUAACAGAGCAAGGGAAAUAA